AUGUCUCCAUCGUCGACGGCUCUCCCACCCAUCAUCCUCUACCAUUACCCUUAUUCGCCAUACGCCCGACGGGUGAUUUGGUACCUCCGACUUCGCGGCAUCCCCUACAAGCAAUGUAUACAACCCCCAACCCUCCCCCGCCCAGACCUCACCCGCCUAGGCCUCUCCUACCGCCGCAUCCCCGUCCUCGCCAUCGCCCACGACGUCUACCUCGACAGCCGGCUCAUCUUUCGCAAACUGGAGUCCCUCCGUCACCCCAGCAUCAAACCGCCGUUGGGGGUCAGGGCUAGGGCAAAACUUGCCGCAUCAUCUCUUGCCACUUCCAGCAACCCCAAUUCCAACACCGAUGACCUCAACACAGCUGAGAAGACCUCCACGAAGCCGAGUCUCACAUCCCAAGACGCGACAGCCCUCGCCUUGGAGCGUCUCCUGUCCGUCUUUACCACACAAACACCCCUCUUCUUCCACGCCGCCUCCCUUCUCCCUCCCUCCCUCCCCCUCAUGAAAGAUGAAUCCUUCCGCCGCGACAGGGACGACUUUUUCCAUGGAGGCAAGAUCAACACUUCCGUUACAAGUACAACAACUGCCGUUACGAACCCCGGUCCGGAUGCUUCUCAGCUAAGGGCGGAAGCAGCACAUGUUUUGCAUUCGGCAACCUCACUCCUGGAAGAAACGAUUUUGGCUGAUGGCAGACCAUGGGUUUUAGGCGAGGAGGGGCCAACACUGGCGGAUAUCGAGGCUGUGUGGGUGUUUCAUUGGGUUACCGGUUUACCGGGCAUGGUUGAUCAAGAACUAUGGAAGGAGAAAUACCCACGUGUCAUGGCGUGGAUUGCGCGAUUCCAGGCUGCCGUCGGCGCCGUUAAACAGAACCCGCCGACGUUAACGGGCGAGCAGGCUGCUGAUCUUAUCAUGGGCAAGUCCAAAUCAGAGAUGGAAUCGUCCUCAACGGGGUCAUGGGAGGAUGAUAGACUGGGGAUAGACACCCAAGACGAGGUGGUCAAAGUCUGUGGACUGAGAAAGGGCUCGAGAGUGGAAGUGUGGCCCACGGAUUCUGGCAUGACGCAUAGGGAUAGGGGGACGUUAAUUGGUAUUGAGGGGGAUGAGGUUGUGUGGUUGACGGGAAAGGGGGUUAGGGUGCAUGCGCCUAGGGAAGGGUUUAGAGUUAGGCCAGAGGGGGGAGAGGCGAGAUUGUGA